AUGUCUGAGAAUACCCCUGUGACAUUGCUCUAUUGCUUCCGCAGCACUGCCAUAACAAAUAUCAAAAAUCUCAACGGCUAUCACAACAACCCCUUACUCAAGCCGCUUGCAGACAAAUUCCAACUGUUUCUGCAAACCAAAUCUAACUACCCAUCCUGGAAAAGUAUAUGCUCUGAAGCUGUUGCCACAAGGGAACCAACCCCUAUUGAAUGGUCAUUGGUUACCGCCAACCUGUUAACCCUUAGGCUGUUGCCUAUCUUGGACUCCCUUACAGUCUCCCCCCUCACCACUGAACAAGUGUUUCCUAAAGGAAUACCUACCCCUCUCAAGAAACUGUACCCAACAUCCAUCCAUACCCUUAUUCACCUAGCCAAAGUGGCAUCCAGAAAGCACUCUAAUGAGGAGUCUGUUCCACCUUUGGAACCCAGUGAACACCAUAACAUUCAAAAACUAUUCCGUUCUGCCCAUAAUACUGCAAAUGCGAAGCGGGGUCUCAAUCUUAUUUUCAAUGUUGAGAUUGCGGCACUUCAUUUAGCUAUGAUUCAUACUGGUAUGUUCGAAAUAGCUGGGCAGUAUGAUACAUUUAUGCAAACAUGUUGUGACAAGUUUGGCCAACUGCCUCCACUGGUGGUGAAUUCCACCAGCACCUUCCAACUUCCACUCCACCUUUCCUUAUCUAUUUCCAUCCUAAUGCUACUCAAAGUAGCCAACCUCCCCAACAUAAACUUGUCUAGGGACCAUCUUCUUCACGUUGCAGCACAACUAGGUCCCAAUCGGCCACUCUCUCUUCAAGAAAUUGAAAAAUUUAUGUGGGGAAAGCUGUUCAAAGUUGCUGAAGGGACACUUAGUGCAUCAGAAAUGAUAUCUGAAUCUCUUCAAAAAAUACAAGACAUAGGAGGUAUCUCAGCCGAAGUUGAGACAUUUUUCCAAUUGACUGCAACACAUGAACGUGCCAUGGAUAAAUCCCCCUCCAUAAAUGACCCUGCUCCCCUCACUCCCCCUUUCACCCCUCAAAUGAAAGAGGUUAUGGAUAAUCCUUCUACUAGGUCUUUCUCAAGUUCAACUGGAAAAGAUUUAUCACUCAACUCCAUUUCUGGUCCCCCAAAUUCUAACAUUGGGAGUGCAUCGCCUGGUACCCUUACCACAAUACCAAGUCCCACAUCUGACGAGAUGGAUGUAGAUACUGAUAUUGAUAAAAUACCACUGUUCAUGCCAACCUCACCAGAAGAAGACUCAGCAGAACCAACCACUACCCCAGGUGAAGACAGGUCGGCAACCAACGAUGGUAAAGCAGAAUACUAUCCCAACCUAAAUUUACAAACUGAUACCUUUCUCCAAGCUAGGGUCAUGGGUGAUGCUCGUGUCAUUGGGAAGCGUAAAUUCUUUCAAGCUGCUGUGGUGAAGGCAAUCGGCAUCGUAGAAACCCAAGGACUGCAGGAUAAAUCUCAACUUGAAGAAGAGGAAGCGGAGUCCUCUCAGAAACCCAAGAAACGAAGGGGCACGGCAUUACCCAAGACAAAGAAAAAGAAGUCCAAGCGCAAGCAUAACAGUGACUCGGAUAUAGAAGAUGAUGAUGAUGAAGAGUAUCAGUCCUCCAAGAAGAACUCCAUAAUCGAAGACAAUCAAGAGAAGGAGACUACGGUUUCAAAGCCCUUACCCUUUACAGAUGAAGUGGGAAUUCUCCACACUAGUACCAAACUAGUGAAAGAUGCACCUGCUGACCUUGCUAGCUUACCAUAUCAGUUCCAAUCAACUAAAAAAGGGCAUGUGAAGUUAUAUGAAGAAUUGGUCGAAGCUGCCAGCAUGCAGAAGUCUUCAGAAUCUGUAAAAGAGUUGCCAGUUCAUCAGUUCAACAACAUCUCAAAAUUCAAUGAUGGUCAGAAACAAGCCCUGCUAUCCUCUCACCACAUGGUUGUUCGGGAUUGGGAUCCAACAAAAGGCCUCAAGUUUGAUCUACCAUGCCUUGAACACUGUUUUGGAGCCCGCCAGUCGACUUCUACAGUAUUUGAAGAGUCAUUGCACACCAUCACAACAGGUCAUUCCUUUGCCGCCAUUCUUCAUAUGGCUACAGAAAGCCCUCAGAGGACCAUCAAAUCCAUCAAGCUUGCUCUUCCCAUCAGCCUUUUCCCCAUUCCUCCUGGAAUCUCCUGCAACACACUCUCAUCAGUCCUAGAUCCAUGCCGGUACUUGGAGAACCAAAGCAUCAAAGGCAAAUAUAAACAUUACCAGACAGCUGCAAAUCUUGUGCGAGACUGGCUAUUCAGCAGAUUCCAGCUUCUGGCAGAUGGACUUUAUUACCCUCUUUAUCAUGAUCAUGAUGCAACACCCUACAAUCGUUUACAGGUCAUGUCGGCAAAAUGGCUGGUUGCCCAUGCGAAAACUUUUGUGGUUCAAGUUGUGCAGGCAGAGAAUUUCCCCCAUUACAUGCAAGUGGAAUAUAGCCCUCAGCAGGUAUUCCAUGCAAUUUGUGAUGACUUCGAAGACAAUGCGGACUUUCAGAGAUUUUGGGGAGCUUCUGAGGAAGAAGGCGACGUUUACUUUUGGGAGGCCCAGUGGAAAAAGGAUUUUAAUACUUACAAAUUUCCCUCGCGUGCAUUUUCUGUGACCCUAAUAGAUGAUGAUGAGCAAUAG